UGGAAAGUAUCGCUAUGCCUUCAUUUUUAGUGCCUCUAGGAAGUGUUAUCAAAGCGUUUUUAUUGCUGUUGUAUAUCAUGGGAAUACAAAGUUUACCAAUUAAUAACAGAAUCAGUGUGAAGUUCAAUCCUAGUUUGGGGAAAGAAGAAAUAAAAACGCAGUCGUCUGGAGGCAUAUUUGCCAAAAUUCCUCAAGAGUUAAAGCCGGAAGCAACGCACGAAGUACUUUCCAAGGUAGUUCUCCCACAAGAUGCAAACUUGGGAAUGGGAUCCACAAAUCAGAUUACAAAAAUAAUAUUUCCAGCACAGCCACCAAAUGAUGAUUCUAAAGCAAAAGAAAACAAGAAUUAUAUUAAUAUACCGAUUAUUAAGCAACCUUUUGGUGAUUACAACAUUAUAGUUGCCACUGCACCUAAAAACGUGAGAAUUGGUAAAGGCAAAGAUGCAAAACCGGUAGUUAUAUAUGUUGUAUUUCCUGAUGAGGGUGGUGAUCCUAAGUCUCCUAAUAUUCCCUCUAUAUAUUUCGUUACUAAACUAGAAGAGCCCUUGCCUUUUCAAAAGAAGAAGGAAGAUCCAAUAUUAGUUAUUGACAGCAAUCGAACAGUGACCGGAUUAAAAAGCAAAGCAAUGACUAAAUUUGUAAAGUUCAAGAACAAAAUGACCAAUCAAUUUGAAACCAGUUGAUAUACCAGUUGGUUCAUCAGUUUAUACUUAAAUAGGACUCCAUUUGGAUAGUUCUUUCUACAACAAUAAUAUUUACAACAACGUUUCUGCUGUUAGGAAAGGAGAACAGUACGAGAUAAAUUUUGCGCCAUUUCACUUUUGCCCACUUCAGAGAGCAACGAAAUUUGGUGUUACUUUAUCAGUUCAUUAGAUUUUCUAGGCCCAUACUAUUUUUUUUUAAUAUUUAUUGUUUUAUUUCUUGCUCACAAAAAGCACUACUUGAAGAAGAAACUGGAUUGUGUAAUUCAAUCAGUUAAAUGUUGAUUGUUAAUUGAGUAAAAGAUUUGGUGCUGAUAUCGACCGACGAAUUAAAUUAAUGUAACCCGAAAUUUCCAUAGAGAAUGGUACAUUGAGUCAAAGGAUGAUAAAUUUUAUUUAAAUCCGGUUUUACAUAAGCAGUUAGAAUACUUGAACUUAAAAUUAAACCACGGAAAAGAAAAGAUACUUAAAUGUGAUAUGCUGCACGGUGCUGUAAAAAGUUAAGAUUAGUUUCCAAAUAAAUUUAACUGUUUGCCAAAGGUCGGAAAAAAAAAAAAAAACUUUUCCUAGAUGACGAAUAAUAAGAAGCCCAGG